UUACUCAACGAUAGUUAUGACCUCCCGGUUACGUGCGUUGGGUGGAAGAAUUAAUAACAUACGUGCCUCCGAAUUACCCAAAGAGAAAACCCGAUCCGAAGUCAUCUGCAGCAUUCGCUUUUUAGAUGGCUUGGUGCAGACCUUUAAGGUUAAUAAACAAGAUACUGGCCAGUCACUUCUGGACCUGGCAUACACCCACCUGGGCGUGACUGAAAAGGAGUAUUUUGGUUUGCAGCAUGGUGAUGACCCGGUAGACUCCCCUAGAUGGCUUGAGUCAAGCAAACCCAUCAGGAAGCAGUUGAAAGGAGGUUUCCCCUGUACUCUGCAUUUUCGAGUAAGAUUUUUUAUACCUGAUCCCAACACACUGCAGCAAGAACAAACCAGGCAUUUGUAUUUCUUACAACUGAAGAUGGACAUUUGUGAAGGAAGGUUAACCUGCCCUCUGAACUCUGCGGUGGUUUUGGCAUCCUAUGCAGUACAAUCGCACUUUGGAGACUUUAAUCCUUCCAUACAUCAUCCAGGCUAUCUUGUGGACAGCCAGUUUAUACCAGAUCAAAACGAUGACUUCUUAGCCAAGGUGGAGUCGCUCCAUGAGCAGCACAGUGGGCUAAAGCAGUCAGAGGCCGAAUCUUGCUACAUCAACAUAGCCCGGACCCUGGACUUCUACGGAGUAGAGCUGCACGGGGGGAGAGAUCUGCACAACUUAGAUCUAAUGAUUGGAAUUGCUUCCUCGGGCAUUGCUGUGUACCGAAAAUACAUUUGCACAAGUUUCUAUCCUUGGGUGAACAUUCUCAAAAUUUCUUUCAAAAGGAAAAAGUUCUUUAUACAUCAGCGACAGAAACAGGCUGAAUCCAGGGAACAUAUUGUGGCCUUCAACAUGCUCAGUUAUAGAUCUUGUAAAAACUUGUGGAAAUCCUGUGUGGAGCACCAUUCAUUUUUCCAAGCAAAGAAGUUACUACCUCAAGAAAAGAAUGUUCUAUCUCAGUACUGGACUCUGGGCUCCAGAAAUCCCCAAAAGUCUGUAAAUAACCAAUAUUGUAAAAAGGUGAUUGGAGGGAUGGUGUGGAAUCCAGCCAUGAGAAGAUCCUUAUCAGUGGAGCAUCUGGAAACCAAGAGCCUGCCUUCCCGGUCCCCUCCAGUCACCCCCAACUGGCGAAGCCCUCGUCUCAGGCAUGAAAUCCGAAAGCCACGACACUCUUCUGCAGACAACCUUGCAAAUGAGAUGACCUACAUUACGGAGACUGAAGACGUGUUCUAUACCUACAAGGGCUCCUUGUCCCCCAAAGACAGUGACUCCGAAGUCUCUCAGAACCGCAGCCCACACCGAGAGAGUUUAUCCGAGAACAACCCAGCACAAAGCUGCCUGACCCAGAAGUCAUCCAGUUCUGUAUCUCCAUCUUCAAAUGCUCCAGGCUCCUGCUCACCAGACGGCGUUGACCAGCGGUUCUUAGAGGACUACCAUAGAGUGACCAAAGGGGGCUCCACGGAAGAUGCCAGCCAGUACUACUGUGACAAGAAUGACAAUGGAGACGGCUACUUAAUCCUCAUCCGUAUCACACCAGAUGAAGAUGGGAAAUUUGGAUUUAAUCUUAAGGGAGGAGUGGAUCAAAAGAUGCCUCUUGUGGUCUCAAGGAUAAAUCCAGAAUCACCUGCAGACACCUGCAUUCCUAAACUGAAUGAAGGGGAUCAGAUCGUGUUGAUCAAUGGCCGGGACAUCUCGGAGCACACCCACGACCAGGUGGUGAUGUUCAUCAAAGCCAGCCGGGAGUCCCAUUCAAGGGAGCUGGCCCUGGUGAUCAGGAGGAAAGCCGCCCACUCGUUUGCUGAGAUCAGAUCUGAGGAUGAACUGAAUCAGCUUUUCCCAGAGCCCAUUUUCCCCAUGUAUCAGGAGGGAGGAGAUACUUUGGAGGGAUCUAUGGACCUGCUCAAGAAAGGCCUCGAAAGUGGGACAGUGCUGAUCCAGUUUGAGCAACUCUACAGAAAGAAGCCUGGUCUGCCCAUCACAUUUGCAAAGCUGCCUCAAAAUUUGGACAAAAAUCGAUAUAAAGAUGUACUGCCUUAUGACACCACCCGGGUAACGUUGCAGGGAAACGAAGAUUAUAUUAAUGCGAGUUAUGUGAAUAUGGAAAUUCCUGCUGCUAACCUUGUGAACAAGUACAUUGCCACUCAGGGACCCUUGCCACAUACCUGUGCACAAUUUUGGCAAGUAGUCUGGGAUCAGAAGUUGUCACUCAUCGUCAUGUUGACAACUCUCACUGAGCGAGGGCGGACCAAGUGUCACCAGUACUGGCCAGAUCCUCCUGCCGUCAUGGACCACGGUGUCUUUCACAUCCAAUGUCGGUCAGAGGACUGUACGAUUGCCUACGUGUCCCGAGAGAUGCUGGUCACGAAUACGGAGACUGGAGAGGAACACACUGUGACACAUCUCCAGUAUGUUGCGUGGCCUGACCAUGGCGUGCCUGAUGACUCCUCAGACUUCCUGGAAUUUGUGAACUAUGUUAGGUCCCUGAGAGUGGAUGGAGAGCCUGUCUUAGUUCACUGCAGCGCUGGAAUAGGUCGAACAGGGGUACUGGUUACCAUGGAAACGGCCAUGUGCUUAAUUGAAAGAAACCUGCCCGUUUACCCACUGGAUAUUGUCCGGAAAAUGCGAGACCAGCGUGCCAUGAUGGUGCAGACAUCAAGCCAGUACAAGUUUGUGUGUGAAGCAAUCCUUCGAGUGUAUGAAGAAGGCUUAGUCCAGAGGCUGGAUCCCAGUUAGGACAACUGUGAAGCGUUCAUUCCUCAUUCCCCAGGGGGACACACUUUCCUCCAGAGGCCUCAAGAGGAACUGGUUGCUGUGGGAAAGGGAUGAAUACAUUUGAACCCAGGCACUUUAACUUUCUAAAGAAGAGGUAUCCUGUACAUAGGAACUGGUGUAGAUAUGCAUGCAGCUAUGGCUUCCUUUAGGCCAGAGAGAAAUAAGCCAAAGGGAUCUCGGUUUUGGUGCCUGUCCAAAUGCCUUCCUCCCUAGACAUUAUCGUGCCCUGUCAGCCCUCCUAAGCAGCUGAGAGGGGACACCAGCAGGACUGUUGACCCCCAGAAACCACCAGUAGUGUGGUUCUUAGGGUUGCUUGGGUGUUUUGUGUGUUGAUAUGCGUAGGACUCGGGGCUGAGCUUCCUAGGCCUCUUGGGCAGGACUGGAGCAGUUGGUAUUCAACCCACUGCCUGCUGAUGCCAGGGACCCCUGAUGAAUGUCCACACGGAGGGCGCAGGGGCUUCGGGCUAAGGACAAAAGCAGUACAUGUGCUGCCCUCCUUCCCUCGCCUCAUCUCUCUGUCUUCUCCCAGAUUCUGGAGAAUCAUCCCUAAGACACCCCCGCUUUCCCCUUUCCUUGCUCUGCCCCUCCCCACCAUUUCAGGUUCACACCCAGUGCCUGAACCAGAUUGAUAAUGGGUAUUCAGGUGACUUUCAGCCAAGACUAAGCAGGCUCCAUGUGAGCCUUUGUCUUAAUGGAAGAAGCCAGAAGCCAGGUGUGUCUCUUGCCUCUGCCAGCCUCUCAGCCUCUCCCUGUCUACUCAGAUGCCAGUACUGGACACGCUGACUACUGAAUCUACGACAUGGAUUUGCUGCUACUUCAAUGAGACAAUUUUCCAGGGGGGGGGGGUAAUGAUAGCAUCUAACUAUUCCAAAUCUUUGGCCCUUCUGAGAAAAGACAUAGGAGUCACUGACCACGGAAAACUCUGCUCCUCCCGAGUACCCUGCGGGUGGGUGUGCAUGUGUGUGCAUGCACCCUCCCUCGGGUAAGUGUUCUCAGGAUUCCUAACUCGAUUCAAAUUACUGUUGAGUUUAUAUAAAGAAUGAGUCUCUGUAUAGAAGAACAAAUGUGUGCAUUCACCCUCAGUUACAAUGGUCUCCAUUUCAUUUCAAAGAAGAAGAUCAGACUAUCUGAAUAUACACACAAUUUGAUGUUAAUUUAUUCUCAGUUACCCCAUGAUUGUCCUAAGGAAUUCUGCCUUUGUGAAUACUGUGUUGAUUUUUUUUAAUUUGUGACAGGAUUGUAGCAAAUUAUUAUUUAAAGAAAAUAAAUUACAUAAGCAUUUCAAUGUGGCAUUUUUAAAUAGCAUUUUUUGUGUAUCCAGAAGAGGAAGCUCAGCCAGUUUCUUAAUGAUAUUUAUAGAAAAGGGAUGUGUGCAUAUUAUAGUGCACAUAAUGAAAUAUCUUGGUAUUUAGCAGACACUGGACCAAUUUAAAUAAUUUCCGGUUUGAGGUAGAUACAGACCUAUCUAGA